AAUUUCGAGUUAAGUUGUUUCGUAACACGAGAAAUAUGUAGUUUAAAUACGGUGAAAUUUGAAUCACGCGCCUUUUGUAUUUCGAUUUGAGAACCCCGUUUUUGAAGCGUUGUUGUGAAUCCAAUAUGGCGAUAUUUGAUGUUGUACUAUUUUGAAGAAGUGCACAUGUUUUUAUACAAAUGGGAGUUAAGUAAUUUAUUGUAGAGGUGCAUUAGAAUAGCGCCAUAAUAAUUGAUUCAUUACUUGAGUACAUAGUGUUUAGAGCGCUGACUAUCAUGACAGACACGAGACGAAGAGUUAAGCUUUACGCUCUGAACGCAGACCGACAGUGGGAUGACAGAGGAACGGGACAUGUGUCGUCAUGUUACGUAGAGAGGCUGAAAGGCACCUCUCUACUGGUGCGCGCAGAGUCCGACGGGUCCCUUCUCCUAGAGAGUAAGAUUCAACCCGAUACAGCGUAUCAGAAGCAACAAGAUACCUUGAUAGUAUGGUCAGAAGGUGACAACUUUGAUUUAGCAUUAAGUUUUCAAGAAAAAGCUGGCUGCGAUGAAAUAUGGGAGAAAAUUUGUCAGGUACAAGGAAAAGAUCCAUCAGUUGAAAUAACACAAGACAUAGUUGAAGAAUCAGAAGAUGAGCGGUUUGAUGAGAUGUCAGACAGUGUGCAGCCUGUGGAACUGCCUGCAUGUGAAAUGGGCCGUCUCGAGGACAUCAGUGAACUUGUGAAUAGCUGUCUGGUAUCACCAGCUCGCAAAGACAAGCUUGCAGCUGCCCUGGAGACACAGCAUUACAUCAAGAAACUACUCAACCUGUUCCACAUGUGUGAAGACAUUGAAAAUAUUGAAGGAUUGCAUCAUCUUUACGAAAUAUUCAAAAGUAUAUUUCUUCUCAACAAAAACACACUGUUUGACACAAUGUUUGCUGAUGAUACUAUAUUUGAUGUUGUGGGUUGUCUAGAGUAUGACCCAAGUUUGCCUCAACCUAAGAAACACAGAGAGUAUUUGCGAGAGCUAGCCAAGUUCCGUGAGGCCAUUCCUAUAAAGAACAAAGAUUUGCUAGCUAAGAUACAUCAAACAUACAGAGUACAGUACAUUCAAGAUAUUGUUUUACCUACUCCUACAGUUUUUGAGGACAAUUUGCUAAGCACAUUGUCCAGUUUUAUAUUUUUCAACAAAGUAGAAAUAGUGAAACUUAUAGAGGAAGAUGAGAAAUUUUUGACAGACCUAUUUAAACUUCUUAUGGAUGAUAAGACACCAGAUCCUAAAAGACGGGACUUGGUUCUGUUUUUAAAGGAAUUUUGUAAUUUUUCACAAAACUUGCAACCUCAGGAUAAGGAUGCUUUUUAUAAAACUUUAGUGUCUCUAGGGAUCCUGCCAGCAUUAGAAAUCACUCUAAGUAUAGAUGAUCAGAAGACUAAGACUGCAUCUAUAGACAUUUUAACUUAUAUAGUCGAGUUCUCCCCUUCCGUAGUGAGGGACCAUACACUACAGCAGGCUAACAAUACUGAAGAGGAACAAAUGUUGCUAAACAUAGUGAUAGAGCAGAUGCUCCGAGACAGAGACCCGGAACUGGGUGGUGCAGUGCAGCUCAUGGGAGUCCUACGUAUACUCCUGGACCCUGAGAGCAUGCUGGCAUCAGUUAACAAGAGUGAAAAGGCAGAUUUCUUAAACUUCUUCUACAAACACAGUAUACAAACCCUAAUAGCUCCUCUAUUAGAGAACACCACAGGUGAAAAACCCCUGAAGGAGGACUAUCACACGGUGCAGCUACUGGGACUUGUACUUGAACUUCUGGCCUUCUGCGUUGAGCAUCAUACAUACCACAUAAAGACCUGCAUAUUGAAUAAGGAUCUACUUCGUCGCAUACUGGUGCUGAUGAGGUCGACACACACGUUCCUAGUGCUGGGCGCGCUCAGGUUCAUGAGAAAGAUCAUUGCACUCAAGGAUGAAUACUAUAACAGAUACAUUAUUAAGGGCAACCUCUUUGCACCAGUUAUAGAUGCUUUCCUUAGAAAUAACGGCAGAUACAAUCUACUAGACUCUGCAAUACUAGAAUUAUUUGAGUUCAUCAAGCUGGAAGAUAUCAAGUCACUAUGUUCACAUGUCGUAGAAAACUAUGGAAAGAUCUUAGAAGACGUUGAGUAUGUGCAGACAUUCAAAGCUUUAAAAACACGGUAUGACCAACACCAGGACAAGCUGAAAGAGAGGGAUCGAGGUGAGACCACAUUGAGUGGCAGCGUCGGCGUGGCCGAGGCCGUGGUACCGUCUCUCCUGCGCACGCGCUACAGGCGGGAGGCGCGGGCGCCGGACGACGAGGAGGAGAUGUGGUUCAACGACGACGACGAGCUGGACGACGAGCCGCCGCUCGAGCAGCCCGCGCAUGCGCACCCGCAUCACGCGCUCGACGCUAUCGGAAAAAUAGUUGAAAAGAAGGUUUGCUCGAAUACCGAAACAGUAAACGGGCCGAGCAGAGUCCUCCUAAGCACUACAUCGCCCAGCAAGCCAACGCACACUGACGUUCAGGUAUCCUCGCCCAGAUUACUCAAUAAGGGGCUGGUGGAUUACGACGGCGACUCAGACGAGGAGGAGGAGGGCGGCGGCGCGGGCGGCGGCGGCGACGAGCGCGACGCCAAGCGGCCGCGCCUGGCGUAGUGCCGCGGCCGCCGCCUGUUUCAAGGAAUAUAACCACUGAGCCGCCCGCCUCGCUGCGCUGUGCACGUGUCCCAGUGAAACCAUGGAACAUGUCGUAAGAUUAACUUUACUGUACGCUGUGGUAUUUAUAUCUGUCCGCGGUGGCACUCUGUCGCGACUCAGACGCGCCGUGUCUGCCUGCGACAGAGGCCUCGUGGCGGGACAAGGCGCGGGGCCGAGGCAGCGGCCUCGCCGGAGGCCGGACAUGGCGGCACCUGGACCGAUGUGUUCAGGAUGCGAUAUUGUGAUUUCUAGAUUCUAAGGUUUCACUAUCACUGCCAUCCGUAGCUCUUCCAUCUCCCUUGUGUCCCCGUACCUCGCCCUCGUCACGAUUUCCAGCAGAUUGCAUUUAAAUUCGACACAAUCGGUCGUUUAUACUUGCUCUCGUUAGUUAACCGCUAGACAGUUAAGUACCUCCAGCAGCUGGGUUAUGUCCAUUAUUUGUAAAUAUGAAGUGCUGACACUCGAGUGUUCGACGAUAGUUAGUUAGUGUAUGAAGUUCUUCAUACUUUGUAGUGUAAUAAUAUACUUCAGAUGGCAUCAGAAAGUAGAACAAAUAGGUAUUGGUUACAAGGUGUAUUUAAUGUGAACUAAUUUUAACGAUUAGGUUACUUUUGUCAAGGAUUGUAAUCACAAAAAGUACAAAGAAAAUAUGAGUGGGAAUUAAAAGUCUAAUAAUAAAUAAUAAUAGAAAAAAGUAAAACACCCUGAACGCGAUAUGAAAAUGUAAAAAUGUACGUAUUUAUAAAAAUCUUAGUUUAUGAAGGAUCACACGACCAAUCUUUUUUUAGAGACAUAAAAUCAUAAUCUGUGCUGUGGAAUUGUUAUUCAAUAGUGCGCUACCGUAUCACGACAGGUUGGCAUCCAAUAAUCUGUUGCCAGAACUUCAUCAUAUAAUGUGGUUAUCAUUGUGAAAUAGUUGUCUAACGGACAUCAGCAAACACAAGUCAGCCGACGAAAUAAGAUUCGUAGUAUCAAAUAUACGAGUUAUUUAUUCUCAUUAUUUUGCAUUCCUUCUGUUGAGCUUCGUGGAGAUUACAGUUUGUAUUUUCAAUAAUUAUUUUUUCAGUACUCAUUAUUUACACAGGCCUUGUUUUAAGCAUGUAGUAUAUUUGCGAUAGUAAUCUUAUUUGAUUUUUAUUGUAAACAAUCUCCGAAAAGCUCUGACUUUGUUGAGAGUAGAGAAUAGUUUUGUAUGACUUAUUAUUUUUGUUAUAUUUGCAUGACCCUUAAUAUGAAUGAUACUAACAUUUUAACUGUUACAAAUAAGCAAUUCCUAUUUAUAAAAAUGUUCUGUAUGCUACUACUAAGACAGGCAUUUGUGGCAUGUUGUAAGUAGUUAAAAUGUUACUAAUUUUUCAGGGUAAUAUAUUUUAUUUGAACUGAAUUCCCAAAGUGUGACUAGCAAUUUAUCGCUUAUGACGAUUAGCCAAAAUUAAAACUUAUUGUAAUGGGGUUGUGUUUAGGGACACGCUGACUGUCCUUAUUAAGGUUUAAAUUAAAAAUAACAUAAUUAUUAAAAUUAUCACUGGUUAUUCUGUUAUAUUAAAAAAAUCACAAAGUUUUGCGUAUUUACGUAGUUGCACCCAAAUUCAAUUGUUCUCAAUUUAUUAUCCCACUUAAUUAUGUAUUUUACUCUUGGAAUAAUACUAAUUGGACAGUCAGCGUGUCCAUUUGUGUUAGAUCUGGAUCCUGACUGUUACACUACCAAAAUCUUUGUUAGAAAUGCUACCAAGUAUGGUCCUAUGUAUGCAAAUGUUGAACAAAAACGUUCCUCUUUUCUACAUAAGUCCUUUUGUUUUCAUUGGCAGCUACGAUUUCCUACUAGUUGAUUUGUUAAUAAAAUAUUGUACAAUGAUUUUUACGCUGUCUAAUUUUGUUUGCUUAUAAUCUGUUGUAAAAUAAAAUUUUGUAAAACUCUGAUUGGCUUGUUUAGAAUGUUUUUGGGAUCCAGAUUUACCAUGUUGUUUUGAUUUAGAAGGCAACGAUACAAUAUUAAUACGUUGGCUGCCGGAUUAUUGUUGUGUAAUGUAGUGACGCCGUGUCACUGCGCAAGGUACCGGUGACGUCAUCACGUGUCGUAACACCCGCCGCCAAUGUGUUAACUUGUGAUUAAGAACAUCAGUGAUUUAUAUGAAUUCCUUAUAAUAUAGAUUAAAUGUAGGUAUAUUUUCCUAUAAAUCCCUGACUGUUGGGAAUGCCAGUGACGGAUCCAUUUCAUCACCACGGAUGCAGGCACGGAAAAGACAAAUGUUCUUUUUGUUUUAUUUAUUGAUAUAAUUGUAUGUUCGACAAGAAUGAUUUUGUUUUAUCUGAUAAAUUCUGCUCUUGAGAAGAUUGUGUAAUGUCAUGAAAUGGAUCCCACUAGCGCCAUCUUCAUAUUGCCUACAUUAAAAAUGAAUUAUAAAAUCAGUAUUAAAUUUUUCUUUACUUUCAACAAACUGUUUCCUAUCUUUGCUUAUAUGAUUGUUUGUAGCUUUUUUACACUGCGGAAGUAAUGUGUAUGUGAUAAAAUUAUCUGAUUAAGA